CGAUCCGCACAUCAACGUGCGGGGCGAUGUACAAUUGGUAACUGGCGUUUUAGAUAGAAAUGACCAAAGAAUGCAGCAGACACCGGCCAGCGGCUAUCCGGGCGUGAUGGAUGACCUAAUCUUCAGUGGAGCCGGUUCCGGAUGCCGCGGUGACGACGAGGACGAGUGUACGCCACCGUUCGAGAAUGGUUCGGGCGAUGAUCUGAUAACGCCGGUGUACGUGCCACCGACGAAACAAACGGCCACCAGCGCAUCGGCGGGCAGUGGUGGCCGUGGGCGCGCCAAGCCCGGUGAGAAACUGUGCGAUGACGAAGACUGUCUGCACGGAUCCGGUAGUGGUGAGGUGACGGAAGUGUUUACCGCAUCCACGGCCAGAAGCUCAGAAACAAGCCCCGAGAUGACGUACACAACGGUGGACUUUGAUAGGAAGACGGACGGAACGACCUCCCUGACGACGCAGGGUGGCCGUACACCGGUUACCUUCUCUUCACCGGCGCAUACAACGAGUGAACAGGACACAACGAGCGGAGCGGCAAGUGGCAGUAGCAGCAGCAUCGGCAGCAUCGGCAGCAGCGGAACAACAGGUGGCAGCAGCUACGGUUCCCCUGGAGGAAGCAGCUACGGCACAACGGUACCGAUGGGUGGCACCACCGGUUCCGGAACGACGACAGGAACAACGGUCGGUGGACGACCAAGUUACAGCUCCACCGGGACCACCGUCGGGCUAACCAGUACGUACGGUUCAACGACACAACAACAAACGCCACCAUCGGAAACAACCGUCAGCUACCGUGACCGUGAUCGUGAUCAUAUCCGCGAAACGACGUACCCUCAGUCACCGACCACCACGGAAGAGGAAACGAUCGAUGAGCACCACCACCGUCCGGAUGAUGAGGAUGAUGUGAUCGGAGGUGGCGCAGGUGCUGGCGGUACCGAGGAACAUCGCACAACGGUACAGCACACGAACGCAAACGGGCGGCGACCGGUGAAGGUAGCGGAACCACCGAACCCGGAACCGGAACCACCUUACCAGCCGCACCCACAACCACCGUACACACCGACACGCUUACCGAAGCACAAGGGUAGCCGGAUUAACUCGGAGGCCGAAGAGCGGACCGCCAUGAUCAUCGGAAUCGUGGCCGGUGCACUGAUUGCCGUCAUCUUGGUGAUUCUGCUCGUUCUGUGGAUCAAAUCGAACGGUGAUCGAUCGUACAAGGCCGAACACGAUAAGAGUGGUCUGUAUGGGCAGGGUCCAAGUGCGGCGCUACUCGGAGGGUCUCAUGGCAAUUCGGCCAAUGCCCACCACUACAACCAGCAGGCGCAGCAACCGCACGGCCAGGGACAGGGUCACCAUCAAGCGCAGCACCAUCACCAACCAUCGGCACCGCCACACUACAACACGCACCACUCGAACGGGGGUAGCACACUGCCACUGAAUGGGUCGCUGCGCCAUCAUGGACCCAGCAAUAAUGGUGGUAUGGGUAGUGGUGGUAGCAUGAGUAUGGGCUACGGUGGUCUUAAUGGUAGUGGUAGCGAUAAGGGUAGCAUGCAAUCGAGUGGUGGUGCCGGUGGUGGUGGUGGUGGUGGUGGUGGAGGUGUUGGUGGAGGCAGUGGAGGAAUGGGAGGGGCACCGCAGCGUAACAAGAGCCGCAACUCGAAGGACAUCAAGGAGUGGUACGUCUAAGCGCCACGCCAGCAGCACAAACUGGCACAAAAAAAAUGGAACACUGCUGGACUAACGGGUGCAGUGCAAUAGCGAUAAUAGCGAGUGAUAGCGACCCCAUCGAGGGUGGACACACACUGGCACACCAACUACCCGAUUGAUAUGCACAAAGGCCCACAUCCGAUCGGAUACCCAAGCGGAUCAGCUACGAAAAAUGUGUAAAUACGUUGUUGCGGAUUGAACAGAGGGGUAUGCGAGAGAGAGAGAGAGAGAGAGAGAGAGAGAGAGAGAGAGAGAGAGAGAGAAAGUGCAGUAAGGAUAAGAGCCUAAACGUGGACAACGCGGCGCGAUUGUACGGAGCGUAAAAAGACAGCCACAGGGUCUGCAACAGUGUCAAGAGCGGCAGCAAUAGCAGUAGGCCACGCCAACCACCAUACACAGCAGCCUAUGACAAAAAAAAGCGCUUACCAUUACUACUACAAACAAAAACACUACUGAUACUAGCAGGCCAGGACGGCGUUGCGACGCAUCCUGAUUUCCGAUUUCUCCGCACCGCACAUCCGCAUCUGUAAAGGGCUUAUCCGAGGGAAGCAGGAUUCAGAUUCGCAAUACACCACCAAUACACGACCACCGCGCACACCACCUAUCGGGCGCACACAUUGAUGAUGAUGACGAUGAUCGAAAAUGAUAGUUACUAAGCAAGCCGCGCUAUGCUAAGCUAUGAGACAUUCUUACUAAGUAAGGUCUAAGGUCGGUGGUUUUCUGGUGGUGAGGGGAAUUGGUAGCGAGACGGCGACGAGGGACUGAGGUGAGA